CUAGAUUUUCAAAGAGUAUCUAAGCAAUUAUUUUUAUGUUAGCUCAAGUAAUGGAUUUCAUCAAGUCUCUCUUCAGCAUGCCUCUCUAUCAUUUCAUCCACAAAGAUUUCCAUGGCAUCGUCUCCCGAAUGACUCUCCUAGAUAAAUUCAUCUUCCUUAUUGUGCACUCCAUUGAUAAGUGGGGAAUAUGGCCUCGUUUACCUGUGUUCUUAGGUCUAUCUUAUCUAGGACUACGUCGACACCUUCACCAGCAAUACAACUUAUUCAACGUUGGUAAAACUCCAGUUGGUGGAAGGUUUCAUCCUGCUGAUAUUACUUUCAGGACGGCGGCUGGAGAACUUAAUGACCCCUUCAAUGGAAGUGCCGGCAGCCAGGGAACUUUCUUUGGCAGGAAUAUUCUCCCUGUUGAUCAGGACAACGAGCUACGGAAACCAGAUCCAAUGGUGGUUGCCACAAAACUUCUAGCACGAAGAAGUUUCGUAGACACAGGAAAGCAAUUCAACAUGAUAGCAGCCUCUUGGAUUCAGUUUAUGAUACAUGAUUGGAUUGACCACAUGGAGGAUACUAAUCAGACUGAGCUGAUUGCACCCAAAGAAGUUGCAAGCCAAUGCCCUCUUAGUGCUUUCAGGUUCUAUAAGACAAAGGAAGUUCGAACGGGCUCUUCUGAAAUCAAAAGCGGUCAUUUAAAUAUUCGAACACAUUGGUGGGAUGGAAGUGCUGUAUAUGGAAGCAACGCCGAGAGAUUGCAGAAAGUGAGGACUUAUAAAGACGGGAAGCUUAAAAUAUCAAAAGAUGGCCUUCUUCUUCAUGAUGAAAAUGGAAUUGCUGUGACAGGAGAUGUUCGUAAUAGUUGGGCAGGUGUCUCAACAUUACAGGCUCUUUUUGUUAAAGAACACAACGCAGUUUGUGACGCCCUCAAGAAGGAAUAUCCUGAUCUGGAAGAUGAAAAACUAUAUCGCCAUGCAAGGCUAGUAACUUCAGCUGUGAUUGCAAAGAUCCAUACAAUUGAUUGGACAGUGGAGCUCCUCAAAACUGAUACUUUACUUGCAGGGAUGCGUGCCAACUGGUAUGGAUUAUUGGGAAAGAAAUUUAAGGACACAUUUGGACAUGUUGGGGGAUCCAUAUUAAGUGGUUUCAUUGGCUUAAAGAAGCCUGAAAAUCACGGUGUUCCAUAUUCAUUGACUGAGGAGUUUGUUGGCGUUUAUCGGAUGCACUCUCUUCUGCCAGACAAUCUUGAUCUCAGGGAUGUCACGGCUGCACCAGGAGCUAACAAGUCUCCUCCAUUGAUUGAAAAGGUACCUAUGGCAAAUUUGAUUGGGCUUAAGGGAGAAACAGCCUUAUCAGAAAUUGGAUUCGAAAAGCAAAUGGUUUCAAUGGGUCACCAAGCUUCUGGCGCCUUAGAGCUUUGGAACUAUCCUCUGUGGCUCAGGGAUCUUAUACCACAAAAUGUGGACGGCACAGAGAGGGCUGACCAUGUAGACCUAGCAGCUCUUGAAGUUUACAGAGACAGGGAGAGAAAAGUUGCGAGAUACAACGAGUUCCGGAGGGCCUUACUAUUGAUUCCUAUCUCUAAAUGGGAAGAUCUAACGACGGAUAAGGAAAAAAUUCAAGUGCUCCAUGAAGUUUACGGUGAUGAUGUUGAAGAGCUUGAUCUGCUAGUCGGUCUUAUGGCUGAGAAAAAGAUCAAUGGUUUCGCCAUUAGUGAGACUGCUUUUGUAAUUUUCCUACUGAUGGCUUCCAGGAGACUCGAAGCUGACAGGUUUUUUACAAGCAAUUUCAAUGAAGAGACGUACACAAAGAAAGGACUACAAUGGGUGAAUACGACAGAGAGCCUUAAAGAUGUAUUAGACCGCCAUUAUCCGGAAAUUACAAAGAAAUGGAUGAACUCAACGAGUGCAUUUUCUGUUUGGGACUCAGCUCCAAAUGCUCUUAACCCCAUUCCUCUCUAUCUUCGUCUGCCACAGUGAAGCUUAAUAUCUAAGUGUAAUUAAUAAUUAAUUUUUUUUUCUCAAUAAAAAAUGUGUUUAUUA